AUGGAGUUCCUCAGGAAGCUCGGGGACGACGUCGGGAACAUGCUCCUGGACGACGACGAGGAUCGAACUGACAGCGCGGGGGAGGAGCCUGAGGGAUCGGACGACGCCGACGCGCGUCGUCGUCGUCGUCGUCGUCGUCGUCGUCGCGGCGACGAAGAUGGACGAGGCGAAUCCCGGGCGGGGCGCGACGACGACGGCGAGGACGACGACGCCGCGUCCGGGUCCGGCUCGGACGACGACGACGACGAGCCGCUCAUCCCCGACGCGGUCUGGGGCUUCGCCGCGAAGCUCCGCGACGCGACGCGCGCGACGGUCGCGUCCGUGAGGCACGACGUCCGUCGCGGCAUUGAGACCGUGCGACGAGAUCUGACCGAGUUCAACGACGAGGUCCGCGACGACGUCGUCUUCGUCGGCGGCGAGGUCAUGGAGAGCGUCGACAGAGGCGGCGGCGGCGGCGGUCGCGACGGUUCGGGUCGCGGCGACGGUUCGGAUUCCGACGGCGACAGCGGGAGCGAGUACGGCGACGACGCGUUCGAGGCGUUCGAAGCCGCGGACGCGGUGCUCGAAGACGUCGGCGCGAAGGUGGAGCGGUUCGGCAACAGGGCGUUUCAAGUCGCCGGGACUUUUCUGAGCCGCCUCAAGGAGGAAGCGCUCGGGGAGGACGCCGGCCCCGACCCGAACUCGCACGCGGCGCGGUUCCGUAGGAGAGGCGACGACCGAGGAGGCACACACGCGAGCGCGAGAGGCGACCGCGCGGCGGAGAUUCGCGAGCGCGUCGCGUCCGCGAAGAAACAGCCGCCGACGUUUGAACAACGCGUCGCGGCGAUUCAGAGAGACAGCGGGACGUACUGCGACGAGCCGAGCGACGUCGCGGCGUUCGAGGCGUGGCGGCGCGGGAGCGGCGGCGGCGACGGCGACGGCGGGUUCGACGUGGACGCGCCCAAGACGCGCGAGGAGAUCGACGCCGUGCUGGCCGGCAACGCGUUCAUGCGGGAGCUGCACGGUCGCAUCGUCCCCGUCGUCGUCGAACGCGAGGUGUUUUGGUCGCGGUAUUUCUACCGCGUGCGCGAGCUGAAGAUGGUCGUGGAGAGAGAGAAGGCGGGGAUGGCGGAGAAGGCGGCGGCGGCGGUGGCACCAGCUGUCGUCGUGCCUUCUCCGGCGGAAUCCGAACCGGCGCGAGACGCGGCGACGGAACGCGAACCGGCGCUCGCGGCUCCGCCCCCCGCGCCCGAGCCCGAGCCCGCGCCCGCGCCCGCGCCGGAGUCGCCCCCCGCGCCCGCGCCCGAUCCCGAUCCCGAGCCCGCGCCGGAGUCGCCCCCCGCGAGCGCGAGCGCGCCGACGACGACGGGCGGCGACUCCGGCGUCGACGACGAGUCCGUCCUCGGCGAGAGCGACGGCAGCUGGACCGCGGUGCGGUCGCCGAGCGCCGCCGCGAAGGGAGAGGAAAAGGCGACGGCGACGGCGACGGCGACGGCGACGGCGUCGGCGUCGACGUCGGCUUCGCCGUCGCCGCCUCCGGAGGCGAAGUCGCGGUCGCCGAAGUCGCCGAGCGCGGCGGAGGAAACGCCAGAGCCAGAGCCAGAGCCAGAGUCGAAGCCGGCGGAGGAGAAGGUCGAGUCGCCGGCGGCUGCGGAAAAGUCGAAGAAGCCGGAGACGCCGCCGGAGACGCCGACGCCCGCGGCGGCGGCGGACGACGACGACGAGGACGAUUUCGAUGAGGACUGGGGCAUGGACGCGGACGAUUGA